AACUGAUUUUUAUGAAUGAAACCAAGUUUCUGGUUUUUAUUCUUUGAGCAUGUUUGCAUUUAUUGAUUCAACAUUUCAAAUCACUUCUUUCCUUCAUUCAAGUAACUCAUAAUAUUUUUUCUUUCAAAAACACCCUGAAAAUCUACCAGGUGUAGAACAGGAUCAAUUGUUCUUGAUAAAACUAGAACCAAGAAUCACUUUCUUCCUCUUCUUUCAUUCUCUUCUCUCUCUGUCAUUUUAGGCCUUGAAAGUAUCCAGCUUUAGCAUUUUGGCUUCCUUCAAUAUAAUCCCUCUAGGCCUCUACCUUCAUUUUUCUCAUUCAAAGUUUGAUUCUUUGGGGAAUUUUGCAAUUUCUGAUUGGUUUUGAGAUUGAAUUUUGACAACCCUUCCUGUUUUUUUUUUUUUUCAAAGCUCAGAAUUGUUGCAAGUUUCAUUCUUUCUGGAUUUUGCAUCUACCUUUCUUUUUCAGCAAAGAAGACCUCAUCAUACCAAUGGUUUUGAAGAUUUUUCCCAUUCUGCUUCUCCUUCUUUUGAACUCCUGCACUGUGGAACCCAUUUCAGAGAAUCACAAUCACAAUUGUCUCAGUAAGAACGGCUCUUCUCUUGCUGCAAUCAAGUUACCUGAGCCAUCAAGCUUCAAUUCUGUUUCUUCUUCAGAAGAAACUGGGUGUAGCUUCUCAAAGUCAGAGAAACUGGGGCAUUCUGGAGUUGAUGAUGAUGAUGAUGUUGAGGGAGAACUUUUUCUUGCAACAAAACAACACAAGCAAUCUAUGAAACUCCACCUGAGACAUCAGCCAAUGAGCAAAGAAGCUGAGGCUAAAAAUUCUGUAGCUGAAUUUGUAGUGAGAGACUUGAUCAGAAUUCAAACCCUUCACAGAAGGGUCAUAGAAAAGAAGAACCAAAACACCAUUUCCAGGCUUCAGAAAGCAAAAGAACAAUCAAAGAAGCCCUAUAAGCCAGAGGUUUCUCCUGCAGAAUAUUUUGCAGGAAACAGUUCCAAUCAUCUUGUGGCAACCUUGGCUUCAGGAGUGAGUCUUGGCUCUGGAGAGUACUUCAUGGAUGUGUUUAUUGGAACACCACCUAAACAUUUUUCUCUGAUACUUGACACUGGCAGUGACCUUAACUGGAUUCAAUGUCUUCCUUGCUAUGCUUGUUUUGAGCAAAAUGGACCAUACUAUGAUCCCAAAGAUUCCACCUCUUUCAAGAACAUAACUUGUCAUGAUCCUCAGUGCCAAUUGGUGUCAUCCCCAGACCCUCCUUACCCUUGCAAGGCUGAGAAUCAGAGCUGUCCAUAUUUCUAUUGGUAUGGUGAUAGUUCCAACACAACUGGGGAUUUUGCACUGGAAACUUUCACAGUCAAUCUUACUGGGAAUAAGCCUGAGAUGAAGCUUGUUGAGAAUGUGAUGUUUGGUUGCGGUCACUGGAAUAGAGGUCUAUUUCAUGGUGCUGCAGGGUUACUAGGCUUAGGGAGAGGACCAUUAUCAUUUAGUUCUCAGCUGAAAUCACUAUAUGGCCAUUCCUUUUCCUAUUGCCUUGUGGAUAGGAACAGCAAUUCAAGCAGCAAGUUGAUAUUUGGUGAGGACAAUGAGCUUCUCAGCCACCCAAAUUUGAAUUUCACUUCUUUUGUUGGUGGGAAAGAGAAAGAGAAUCAAGUUGACACAUUUUACUAUGUUCAGAUAAAAUCUGUUAUGGUUGGUGGUGAAGUGCUAGAGAUACCAGAAGAGACUUGGGAUUUGUCAGAAGAUGGCGGCGGCGGUGGUGGUACAAUAAUUGAUUCUGGCACCACUCUGACAUAUUUUGCUGAACCUGCUUAUGGGAUUAUUAAGGAGGCAUUCAUGAGGAAAAUUAAGGGCUAUUCAAUUGUUGAAGGCUUUCCUCCUCUAAGUCCAUGCUAUAAUGUGAGUGGAGUUGAACAAAUGGAGCUUCCUGAGUUUGGGAUAUUGUUUGCUGAUGGAGCAGUUUGGGACUUUCCUGUGGAGAACUAUUUUAUCCAGAUUGAACCAGAAGAAAUUGUUUGUUUGGCUAUUUUGGGGACUCCUAGGUCUGCUCUUUCAAUAAUUGGAAACUACCAACAGCAGAACUUUCACAUCUUGUAUGAUAUGAACAAGUCUAGACUUGGCUAUGCUCCAAUGAAGUGUGCUGAUGACACUCAUGCCGUCGGAGGAGGAAAAGUCUUGGGGCUGGACUCUAAGUCAGAUUCAUUUGUGGCCAAAUACAUUUCAAAAUGGCCCAAUACUAUUCAGAUUCAAUUUAGGGUUUUACAUUUUGCCUUACUCCUGGUUUACACACACAAAACCAAACCAAACCAAACUUUGCUGCUGCGAUCGUCCUCUCUGCAAUUCCAAAUGGUCGCCUUCAAGUUUCACCAGUACCAGGUUGUCGGGAGAGCUCUCCCUACUGAAACUGAUGUGCAUCCUAAGAUCUAUAGGAUGAAGCUCUGGGCAACCAAUGAGGUCCGUGCCAAAUCCAAGUUCUGGUAUUUCUUAAGAAAGCUUAAGAAAGUCAAGAAAAGCAAUGGGCAAGUGCUCGCCAUCAAUGAGAUCUUCGAGAAAAAUCCUACCAAGAUUAAAAAUUAUGGAAUUUGGUUGCGAUAUCAAAGCCGAACUGGAUACCACAACAUGUACAAGGAAUACCGAGACACUACUCUGAAUGGUGCUGUUGAACACAUGUACAAUGAAAUGGCAUCUCGUCACAGAGUCAGAUCUCCAUGCAUCCAGAUCAUAAAGACCGCCACCGUCGAAGCCAAACUCUGCAAGAGGGAGAGCACCAAGCAGUUCCACAACUCCAAAAUCAAGUUCCCAUUGGUGUACAAGAAGAUUAGGCCCCCAACUAGGAAGCUCAAGACAACAUACAAGGCAUCCAGGCCCAACUUGUUUAUGUAAUUCUCAGUGAAUCACAUUUCCUGCUUGUCAUCUAGAAGCUGCUUGAUUCAUUAGUAAAGUUAGGAAGAGCUUAGAGAAGAUAUUCACAUAGUAACCAACUUCAUUACCUGCAACCACAUCCAGUUUGCAUUCUUUCAAGCUUUGAAUAUUGAGUUUUGGAAUGUUGAUGUCUUAUUCUGAUUA